AAUAUUUGUAAAUUUCCAUUCAAUUCGUGUACAAACUCAUUUCUCGACUCGUUUCAUCUAACUUUUAUUUCACCUUUCUUCGGCCGACAACUUUACACACGAAUUUCAAUGGAUAUCUGUGAUAUUUCUGCUUCCCAAUUGGCAACAAGUCCACCACCAAGAACAGCCAUCGAUUUUAAUUCGUCCAUUGAAGAGUCGCCAGUGAAAAGAGUGAAAUUCUCUCCAGAACUCACCAAAUCAUUCGAAGAAACACUCAGUCCGACAGUCACACUUGUUCUUCGGAAUAAUGAAGAAGUAAUUUUCGACCGAUAUCUUCUAUCAUUCUACUCAAACUAUUUUCGAGUACUCUUCUCAUCUAAAUUCCGAGAUUCAAAUUCAACAACUCACAGAAUCCGCCUGAUCUCUGCGUCAGAUCUUCAUUUUUUACUCACAAUUCCAAAGGCUUUCGAACAAGGAAUCAAACCUAAUAUCACCUUGCAAAAAGCUAUUGAGCUUCUCGAACCAGCGGCCUUCCUCCAAAUGAGCAUUGCACUUGAUUACAUCAGCGAUAUAAUUUGUAAAAAUUUGACACAUGAAAAUAUAAUAAAAAUCUUCCGUCUUGCUCUAUUAUACCACACGACACUAGCUGUUAGAGUCUGGAGAUCCAUGGUCAGGAAAUUCCAAACGCUAUUUGCCACAAAUGUAUAUUUGUCGCUGAAAGAAAACGAGCUAAUUGGACUACUCACCGAUAAACAUUUGAACCUGAAGAGUGAAGAUGAGACAACUGUAGUUGUUAACUGGAUCAAGCACAAUUCUCCACUUCAAUCAGAUCGUCUUACCCAGUUUGCUCAACGAAAUUUCUCCAGGCGACCUCAACCAGAUGCCACGAAGUAUGAAGUAAUUCGUACUAGACAACCAAUGGAUGCUAUUGUUUGCUUUGGUGGAUGGGCGAGUCGUGGUGUUGCUCAAAAGAUUGAGGUGUGCAAUACGAGAAGUGACCGUUGGCAAACGUGUAACUUCAACUACGAUAUACCGAACAUCCAUAGAGCGUACCAUGGUAUUGAAGUCGUCGAGGACAAACUAAUUGUGUAUGGUGGAUUCGACGGCAUUAAGCAGUUUCAGACAACAGUUCUCUUUGACUUGUCAACUAAAGAAUGGAGGAGGGGGGCGAAUAUGAAUGACAAGAGGUGCUAUGUGACUUCAGCAAGGGUCAACGAUUCAUACGGAAGGCCUCUGGUAUUUGCUUGUGGAGGAAUGAAUGGAGUUUCCCGACUGAAGACUGCCGAAAUGUACGACUACCGUGCGGAUCAGUGGACUGAGGUUGCAAAUAUGACACAAAUGAGAUCGGAUGGAGCUGUGGUGACAAUUGACAAUAAGAUAGUUGCUAUUGGAGGAUUUGACGGGCGGAAUAUUCAUCAAGGAGGAGAAGUUUAUGAUCCAGUUUUAGAUCUAUGGCAUCCUCUCUCAUCAAACAUGCGGACACGUCGUACUGGCUGCACUGCGGUUUCAAUAAUGAAUCAAGUUUGUAUGAUAAUUGGUGGAUUCAACGGGAACCGUCGACUUGAUUCUGCUGAGAUUUACGAUAUGCGAGAGGGUCUGUGGCAUCCUGAACCAACAUUGCAAACUGCGAGAUCUAACUUUUCCGCAUGUCAAAUGGAUACCUGCUAUGUUUAUGUGGCUGGUGGGUUUGAUGGUCAGACGACGACAAAGGAGUCGGAAAGAUUGGAUUUGCGAUCAAAAAUGUGGCAGGCUCUUCCUGACAUGGCCGAAGCCAAAUCAGCACUUCGUAUGGUAACACUUUCGGAUCAUCCAUUCCUUGACGAACUGUUUGACAUUCCGGAUGACACUGGUAUCGUGACGUCAUGGUGAUUAUCUUGUUUUUCAUCUGCUCCUGUAAAUAUUCAAUUUCUAAAUCGAUGACAACGACACUCUUGCAUAAAAUGCAAUCAAUCGAUAUAACACUAACCUAUCCCAAUCGAACGUUGACUGAUGUAUUUCAAUGAAUGAUUUGAUUUUC